UGCCGUCCGAAGAGAAGACUUAGUCGUUGAAUUAUGUCAUAUGGAGAGUGACUCUAUAAGAUAUAUACUUGCUUUGUAAAUAUUGGUCUGCCGGCAAUGGUUUCAAUUUUUGUGACUAAAAACUGCAUCCUUUCCGACAGCGAUCUUCCCUCUUCAUCAAUACUCUCUUUCUCUUCUUUAAUCUAUCACAUUCUAGGGUAAUGAUGUGUCAAGACUAAAGAAAAUGCAAGUAGUGCAUCUAAAGCUAUCCUAGCCAGCUAGUUUUACAGGGCAAAAUUUAUAUGCAUUCAAGUUAAGAUGGCAGCAAAGAGCUACUAUUAUUUGGCAACCCAACCAACAUCAUUUCCCAAUUCACCAGCACCGCCACCGCUAAUUCAUGAGACCAGAAUUGCUAAUAAUAAUCGAAGGCAUGAUAAACAUAUAUGGGGAGCACUAAUUAUUGGGAUUGUAACAAUAUCAGUUGUUACUUCACUCUGUUUGUUUUUCAGGAGAAGACUCUUUCCAAUUUUUUGGCAAAGAUACUGGUUACAUAAAGGAAGUUUGAAAGCUGGCACAUUAUCACUGAGGCAAUUUCAGUUGGAGGAGUUAGAGAGGGCUACGAAGAACUUUAGUGAUGAUAGCUUGUUGGGGUCUGGUGCAUUUGCCAAUGUCUACAAAGGGACUUUUGAAUUGGAGGGUACUGCUCUAGCGAUCAAGAGAGCCCAUGCUGAAUCAUACCAGAACACCGAAGAAUUUAGAAAUGAAGUGAAUCUGCUUUCCAAAGUAAAGCACAGAAACCUUGUUGGCUUGGUCGGAUUUUGUGAACAAACUGGAGCAAAAAGAACACAAAUGCUGGUUUAUGAGUAUGUACCAAAUGGUUCUUUGCUUGAUUACAUUACCGGAAAAGGAGGGAGAAGCUUAACUUGGAGGCAAAGAGUAAACAUAGCCAUUGGAGCAGCUAAGGGCAUAGCUCAUUUACAUGAUGGGAUCAAGCCUAGCAUAAUCCACCGCGAUAUAAAACCUAGUAACAUUCUAGUAGGAGAUGGUUUUGAAGCAAAAGUUUCAGAUUUUGGGCUAGUGAAGAUGGGACCUAUUGGGGAUCAAUCUUAUGUCAGUAGCCAGAUCAAAGGAACUCCGGGAUACCUUGAUCCUGCCUAUUGUUCAAGCUGUCAUUUAAGUCCUUUUAGUGAUGUAUACAGCUUUGGAGUCAUACUCUUGCAGCUUGUCACUGCCCGGCCUGCAGUUGAUUUAACAAGAAAUCCGUCAAACUACAAUAUAAUUGAAUGGGCAAGGCCUAGCUUAGAAAGUGGCAGGGUUGAAGAAAUUUUAGAUGCUAAUCUUCUAACAGAUUCCUGCGACAUGGAAAUGAUGCUAAAGAUGGGAGAACUUGGUCUGAGAUGUGUAGUGAAAAAUCCUAAAGACCGGCCUACGAUGACCCGGGUGUGGCAAGAGCUAGAAGAGGCCUUAUAUUUAGCCGAUAACUUCGUCGACGAAGAACCUUCAAAGGAUUAUUGGAGAUCAUCAAGCAGUUCUCGUAGAUCAAGGGAUCGUGGACCUCGAAGAUCAUAUGAAAAUUCCCAGAGUUUUGUCAGCAUAGAUGGUGUUGGAUUUCAAAGGUUUCACGUUGAGAUGGAUAGCAUCUUGUUUCACAGCACAAGCAUGAAGUGUUUAGAGGCUGCUAGUGUCAACAUUGACAUUGAUAAGAACAAUUUGAGAGGAAUAAGCGAAGAGACAAGCAAAGAAGAGAUCAGUUGAACAUGUAAUUGGUCGUGCUUGAGCUUUAGCAACGCAACUUUCUCUUCAUGCCAGUGAUACCUCCUUCACUAGAAGGGUUGGGGAGCGGUUUUGGCACAUUGUUGAUAGCCCUUCUUAUAUAUUUGUCCUGAGAUAUUUGAUUUG